AGUUACAUUAUACAUUUGUACUUUUAUCUACUGAUGCUCCGGUCGCAUGGCUGAACUCCGUGAACUAAAGAAGUCCGACCGUAACUUAGUUUUCCGCAGCGGGAAUUCCAGCCUGUCAGUAACCAUACCUGAGAUUACUGGUGGCAAUUACGGACUUCAUGUGUGGCCAUGUGCUCCUGUUUUGGCUCAGUAUCUCUGGUACCAUCGUUCUAGACUGCAUGGCAAGCGUCUGCUUGAGUUAGGAGCUGGCACGGCUCUGCCUGGAGUGGUGGCUGCCAAGUGUGGAGCUGAUGUCAUAUUGUCAGAUUCAAGUGUUCUGCCAUCUUGCUUAGAAAUCUGUUCACUGUCCAGCGCUGCUAAUGGCUUGGAAUUGCCUGUUAUUGGAAUAAAAUGGGGCACGUUUGAUUCUAUUAUAAAACUACCCCCAUUGGAUUUUGUGAUUGCAUCUGACUGUUUCUAUGAGCCAGAUGUUUUUGAAGAUAUAAUUAUGACAGUCUCAUUGCUAUUGGAAAGGAACCCUGAAGCUUGCUUUAUUUGUACCUAUCAAGAGCGUGAGCCCGACUGGACCUUUCAACCAGAACUUGUAAAGUGGCAGUUGUCCUGCACUUCUGUGCCUCUGGAGUCCUUUGAUGCAGAUCAUGAAAACGUGGCUCAAUCUGGUCUACCAGGCUCACAUAAGAUUCAUUUGUUUCAGAUCAGAAAGAAGUGUCAGGGGGAAGCCCAGUGA